AUGGGAAAUUGUUUACGUCAUGAGGAAGAACCUAAUAAAAAACUCAGAACUAAAACAAUAGAUGAGUUUGAAAAAAUUUAUACCUUAGGAUCACCCUUGGGAACCGGACAAUUCAGUGAAGUACUUGAAGCGAAAUCUGCUACUAAAUCAAUUGCAGUAAAAUGCAUAAAUCUCGCAGCAAUGAGACAUGAGCUACAUUUAUUAAGAAGAGAAGUAGAAAUUAUGAAAAAAGUGAGGCACCAAAAUAUAGUGCAAUUUUAUGAGAUAUAUGAGAAUCCCGAAUUUAUCUAUAUCACAAUGGAAUUAUGCGAAGAAGGGAAUUUAAAGAAAAAAAUUGAAGCUUUUGGAAAAAUGAAUGAAGAAGAUGUAAAAAUAAUGACAAAACAAAUAUUAAGCGCUCUUGUGUAUUUACAUAGGUUAAAAAUCUGCCACAGAGACUUAAAGCCGGAAAAUAUUCUUUUUUCUAAUAAUCGAGUGAAGCUUGCUGAUUUUGGAUUAGCAAGGCAUAUGAAUGGGACAAAUGGGUUUAGUGUAGUUGGGACUCCUUAUUAUCUAGCCCCUGAAGUGAUUGAUGGGCAUUAUAACUCCAAAUGUGACAUAUGGAGUUUAGGAGUUGUUCUUUAUUAUUCGCUCACUGGAAAGCUUCCUUUUAAUGGGACUUGCUAUGAAGAUUUAUUCUCAAAAAUCCAAGGAACUGAGAUUAAUUAUGGCUAUAUGUCGACUGAGGCCAAGGAGUUUUUGAAGCUGCUACUUCACAAAGAUCAAAAUUCGAGAAUCAAUGCAGAAGCUGCUAUCAAGCAUAGUUGGCUGAAUUAA